GCCCUUGCGCUGUCAUGACCGCAUGUUCCCGCUUAAGGCCGAUUUAUGCUUCUGCGUCAAGUGCCAGAGUAUGUUCCGGCACAGCCUGCGCGUGGACUCGUAGCCCUCGAUGUAGCCGUCGCCGAUACUGACACGCACCUCUCAAAAAAUGUAACUACACGUUGCAACGACGCGUAGCGCAAGCACUGUGAUUGGUCGGCUUGGUGUAAUGCUGACGAGACCGAGAGGUACGUAAACCUGUUGGAGUGACUGUUCACAAGUGUCGAGUCCCAUGAAAGAGUUCCAGAUGAAAAGUUUUGUUUUGUUUACCUUACGAUUAAAGUUGUUGCACGUCCGCUGGUUCCCGCCUCUGAAUGAGCGAGUUUGAGCUACAGUACUUCUACAUUAAGGUAGCGUUCAGAAAAAACAACACCAGUGAAGAAACUCGACACAGAGGAACAUAAAACCUACUGCCAGCUAGCGUUUCUGUGUUAUUUCAGAGCAACACAAACAGCACGCAGAAGUAUAAAUGCACGGCAAUGCGCAAAGGCAGGUGCCAUUAGUCACGCCGAUCACUCGACGCAGAAGUAUAAGCAAGGCUUUAAUGCGGGCCUGUGUGAGGUCCAGACGUGGUCUUGAUGCACGCUCUUGUCAUGGUGUAUGUGGGGUUUUUUGACAUACAUGUCGCAUAUGUGAGCGCUCGUGUGUUCUGUCCUGUGCUGGCCCAUUGUCGUUAAUUGAGGACGACGUUGAUACGGAUGUCUUUGAAUUCCUUGUCGUUAAGGAUGUAGUUGAGUUUGUCAUCGAUCUCUUUCAUGUCUGUUGUGCCAAAUCCUGUCAAGCCUAUAGUAUAAGUGUGUAUUAAUGCUAUGUUUUUCCCUCACAGGGAUGUUUAAGUUAUUUUGUUUAGUUUUUGUCAAAUAAAGUCCUUCAUUUCUGCAAUUGGGUUCUCGCCUCAUCUCCUCCAACCCCCAUACCGUGACAGAACAGAGCAGCCAGAAUAAGAGCCCAGCGGAGUGAAGAUGGCUCCUUCUCAGAUGACUCUUUCCACUGCAUUGACACCUCAAAAACAUGGAAAACACAAGUUCUGGACUUGAAACUGUGACUGGAAACUCAACAGAUGAGAGCACUGUGCAGAACAAGGCAUUUAUGAUCUGUCUUCUCUGCAUUUUCUUUGCCACCAUCAUAGUGGGUCUCAUUGGAAAUGGGCUGGUCAUAUUUUUGACCGGCUGCAGAAUGAAGACGACUGUCAACUCCAUUUGGUUUCUGAAUUUGGCGAUUGCAGACUUCAUCUACCUUUUAGCUCCAAUCACAGUGCAGAAGCUGAAACAGUCUCUGGUGCUGGUGCUGGAGACGGCAUUUGCUGAAGAUCAUCUGAACAUUAUAGAAAUGAGACAGACACGAAAUGAUUAACAGGCAGAACAAAAAACACUUAAAUUUCUAGAAAUGUUGAAAACUUUUUUGGGGAAAAAAAAAGUUUUGCAAUCAUUGUUAAUACUGUAAUUAUCACAGUUAAACAGUAACUGUCAUCUGUAUUAAGCAUACUUUUCUGUCUAAGACAUAUCUUGUAAAUUAUAGAUUUAUAAAUCCAGGUUUUGUGAUUGGUUUAGUUAUGUGUUCUUGUUUUCAGUGUCUGUAUAUUCACUUAGGGCUGAUUUCAUUGUUUAGUUCUGUGUGUGUAUUUAAGUCUCAGUCUGUCUUCAUUGAUGUUUGUGUUGUUGACCUGUUCAUCUAUUUUUAUUGAUUAAAAGCAUUGUUGUGUACAUAAUUCAUUUUUAUUCUCUUUAAUCAGCACUAACACUUUAUUUAUUUAUAAGAUGACCCUUACUGACCAGUUAAGGAUUUUUUUCUGAUAUCGGUUAAAUCGUUAAAGUCAUUUUAAAGCUUUUUUUCUCAGGAUUCUUCCACUCCGGUCUUGUUAAUUCUUGUUUUGGUGGCAGAUUCCAGAUACUAGUCCUGUCAUGUCUCGUAUGUUUUAAUCUCUUUCAUGUCUGUCAUGCCAAAUCCUGUCAAGCCUAGUAUGAGUGUGUAUUAAUGCUGUUUUUCCCCCACGGGAAUGUUUCAGUUAUUUUGUUUAGUUUUUGUUAAAUAAA